CUGCAUUGGCCCACACGCCAGCGACGAUUGUUACUAUUUCACGCCAACUUAUGCACCUCGAGUGACGGUUUCCCAAGCCUAGAAGUGCAACCGUCUAUUCGAGCCAUGCGUCCUCCUCGCAUAUGUCGACCUGGUGCCAUGUCAAUCUGAGGCGAGAUGGGUAAGAAUCUGCAUGAUGCAUCUGGAUGGAUUCCCCCCUCCCUCUGAAGAAACGAGUUUGUCCUUUCCGUUGUUGAUCUACCAAGCCCUCUUUCAUCACUCUGUCCAGGGCAUGGGCAAAUAUCCCAGCUCUCGCCAUCACCGCAGCACUCCCUCCCAUCACGUUUCCAUCACUCCACGAGCGUUUACACAACAGAUCACACGGAUUCUCUUUUCGACUUUUCUCUCUGUCCCUUUUACUGUGCACCUGUCAAUCCUAUGCAUGUUCCCUUCGCUGGCGUGAGACAAAAAUCUGCCAUCCAUGAAGUGUUAUAACGUGCUGUAGCGAAACGGGCCGGGUCUCGAAUGUACCUCGACGUCACUUUUGAGAAGCAUAGAGACCCUUUUUGCGUGACUGUUUUGUGUCUUGUGUCCUGCUCCUGCAUCAGUGUACAUGAACCACUACAUUCACCGCUUCGUCCGUACCUGGUUUCUCAAAGCACUACUGCCAGCCACAUAUGUGAGCCAACGUCACCUUGCACAUCACCACACUUGGUCCAGUUUCAGACACAGCAUUAAGAACCAACUACUCCGUACGGGGUAAACACUUCUAUUUUCUUUGCUACGCGACACAUACACAAGCAUCAAAGCAUUGAUCCGUCGAUCCGUCAAAUCGUCAAAGACAGGAGAAUAUAUCAGGCUCAUCUCACGGUCAUACACUUUCAUCACAGAUCAUGUGCGUGCGCACAAAAACCACGUACGGGUGUGGGUGUGAAUUCAAGACUACCAACGAAUGCAAUGACCCACGCUGCUCACACCUGGAGAGGUGGAAAUUUCCCAGGGACGGGGAUUGCAAAAUUUGCAAGGAAGGCGGCCAGGCCGUCACUCGCGGGCGAGAAGGUAAAGGUCGAUAUGCCCAGGAGAUGAACCGGAGGUAUCCAGGACGAGAACCAUCAUGUGACCCGGCACCACAAGACGUCGGUGGUGGAAUCAGCCCAUGGGCAUCACCAUUGAAACGAGAAAAGGAAUGGCACAGCCCUUCGAGGAAGAUGGCCGACGACGCCUGGUUGCAAGAACAUGCCGAGAGGAACAACGACCUCCAAUCUCUCCGAGAGUCCAUGUCCCCCCAUUCUGAGUCCGACCGAGUCUCCACCGCCAUCUUGUCGCCGUCGAGUCGCGGCCGCCGAGUGUACGAGAUCGAAGAAGAUGACCGCUACACCGUCGAUCGCGACGCAGACUUCGACUACCGCCACCGUCGGCAGCAGCCUGCCCCGAGAUCUUUGCAGAUAGAGAUCAGAAGUAUACACAACGACCCACCUCGAAGAAGUAGUCGUCAAGCCUCACGUCAUCGACAACAACACAGGCACGACAGCCAGGAGAGCUUUCAAAGCGUGCACAGCGGCCAUUCUUCAAGUCGAAGAUACAAACCGGCGCCGACCUCGUACACGACGCACGAUGUUUACGAAACUCAAGACUCGGGUUACGGCUCUUAUGGGUCGAGAACCUCACACCGUGGCUUCGAGAUUGCAGAAACCGAACCAUACACGUACUCUUCCGCACCUCGCGUCAUGACAAUCAAGGCGCCGUCGUCGACAUAUCAGACCGGCUAUGGCAUUCCUCCACCCCCUCACGCUUCUCAUCCUCAUCCUCAUCCCCAAGGCAUCAACGUGGUCACGAGAACUCCCAUGUACGCUUACUCGGUUCCAAGGUACUAGGGCACUACGAUAGCGGCCGAUGAACAAUGUUCAAGGUUGUUUACGAAUUGGCGUUUUUUCCGACUCGGGACACGAUCCGUCUCGCUUUGUCUACCUAGGUAUCUACGAUGGGUUGGGUGGUAAGGAGGAGCACGACAUCCGUAUGACAAUUCCUUUGGUUUUUAUUUCUCAGGGGUGGGCGACAACGCCAGCGAGAAAGAGAAUUCUACCUUGUUUCUUCUUGUUCCAGUCAAGAUAUACAUAUCUCAGCUAUUAUGGCCAUGGCAACGGACUAUGUAACUGACGAACCGACCCUGAUCCAGGCGCAUACAUAGGCAACAGGUUUUAUUUUUUCGUUGGAUGGAAAGGGGUUUGACGAACAUGAUGCUUUUCAGGGGGGUUUCCUUAUCGUCAGAUCGGGUGAAGUAACAUCACGAGGCUCGGUUGUCUACCUAGGUAUCACGAGGGAUAUGUCAGGUAUCUUGGUACGUACGUACUUGAAGUGGACAGUGGGGAGGGAAGCUGUGAGGCUCUGUGUGCGUGCGUGCUUUUUUUCUGUAUGCUAUUACGGAGUACUACUCAGUGGAAGGAGGAUGGUUCAUCUUGGGGUCCUACCUAGGUAUCAAUGGGUGAUGAAUGUUGAUUUUUACUUUCUUCCUCUUUUACAGCACUUGAACAAAUUGACAAGUCCUUCUC